AUGGCGGUGCUCAACAUGUCCGACUGCCUGCCGUACGUGGAGAGCGGGAGCAAGACGCGGCACCCGGACACGGCCUGCUGCCCGGAGCUGGACGGCCUGCUGCAGUCCAACCCCGUCUGCCUCUGCCAGCUGCUCGCCGGCGGCGCCGACUCCUACGGCAUCAGCGUCGACUACAAGCGCGCCAUGGCGCUGCCCGGCGUCUGCCGCCUCACCGCGCCGCCCCUCAGCGCCUGCGCAGCUUUUGGAGUCCCCGUGGGGCCUUCUUCGGCGCCAUUAACAGGAGUCUCUCCAUCCGCUACAGGGCCACAGAUGCCUGAGAACCCGCCAUCCGCAACGCCGUCCAAGUCCAAGUCCCACGCCCCGGGCCGCCUCACCGGCCGCGGCCUAGUCGCCCUCGCCGCGCUGCCGCUGGCGAUCACGGCCGCCGCCAUGUUUUAG